AAGAUGUAAUACGGUAUGGUCAAUUUGCAUUCCUUCAACUGAAGAGGAGAACACGUUCCUGCCCCUUCUGUCUUUUAGGAUAGUCCUUCAUUCUUAUUGCUCCAUCUUUAUACGGGAUCAGGAGGGAAGGAGGAGACGAUGUCCAACUCUUUAGGGUUUCAUAAUCUUCCUUUUCUGGCUCACAGAAAAUCAGUGAAGAAAGGCUUCGAAUUUACAAUCAUGGUCGUAGGCGAGUCUGGCCUUGGAAAGUCUACUUUAGUCCGUUCGCUUUUUUUGACGAAUUUGUUUGGCAACAAAACAUGUCCUCCAGCAGCUGAGCGUAUAAAACCCACUCCUAGUAUUGAUGCUACGACAGUCGACAUUGAAGAGAAAGGUGUUAAACUGAGACUCACCGUGGUUGACACCCCGGGCUUUGGUGACGCCGUAGACAACAGAGAAUGCUGGCAACCAAUCAUUGAUUUCAUUAACGAGAAGUAUGAUCAGUACUUUAAAGACGAGUCCGGAAUUAACAGGAGGAACAUUGAAGACCACCGGGUUCACUGCUGCCUUUACUUUAUCAGUCCUUCUGGCCAUGGACUGAAGCCCCUAGAUAUUGCAUUUAUGAAGGAGCUCCAUAAUUUGGUGAACAUAAUUCCUGUCAUCGCCAAAUCAGACACUCUAACCCAAACUGAAGUCAGGACACUCAAAACAAGGAUUUUACAAGAAAUCUCUGACAACGGGAUCAGGAUAUAUAACGGAGAAAUAGACGAAGAAGACGACUCGCCCGAAAUAAGAGAACUUAGGGAUGCUAUCCCAAUGGCUGUGGUAGGGAGCACCACUUUACUGGAGGUUGGGAAUAAGAGAGUCCGCGGGCGUUUGUAUCCGUGGGGCGUGGUUGAAAUUGAAAACAAGGAACAUUGCGAUUACAUUCUAUUGCGUAACAUGUUGAUACGGACUCACAUGCAGGAUCUGAAGGACUAUACUCAAGACGUUCAUUACGAAAACUUUCGUAAGAAGAAACUCCUCCAGGGAUCCCCUCUUGCCAGUGGUCCUGGUGGUGCGAUGGAUUUUGCAGGUGUUGUGGCAUCAGUUGCAGGUGGAAAUGUCCAGGAUGAAAUACUGAAGGCCAAAGAGAGAGAGCUUGAGAUGAUGCGUCUUGAGAUGGCUCGCCUACAGGCUCAGCUCCGUACUGGGAAUGACGUCGUUUGAGACUCUCUUGGUCGUCCGCCUCUUGUUUCUUUUCUUUUUCUUACUCAAUUACUACCGUCAUUAUUUUUUAUGAUUCCCUUUUCAUAUCUAGAGAAAGACAGAGAGUAAUUAUAUAUUACUGCUCUAAUUUAAUAAUUAAUUAAGAGAUUAUUAUCAUUAUUAUUAUUAUUAUUAUUAUUAUUAUAAGAGACUUAAUUGCUAUUGUUAUUCAUGAUGUUUUGAUGUUUUUUCCAUUUUUUUUUCUUAUUUUUAAUAGUAAUUGUGUGGCAAUUGCUUAAAAAUUGUUUUGGUUUAAAAUGUAAAAAAAAAGAAAAA